AUGACAGCGACAACUUGCUCCGUCAGUGGUAUUGAGACACUGCUUGGUAAGGUAGGGCUGGACACUCCAGUACCGGACUUCCCCGAUGCAGAUAUUGUGCAUAACCCGCAGGACAUCUUUCGCGUCUACCUUGCCGACACCCUACAGAAGCUUGUCAACUGCGAUAGGCUGGUAGCCUACGAUGCGAUACAGACCUCGAACAUCACAGGAAUGGGCGAUCUUAUUAUUGUGGCCCCCAGACUUAGACUGAAAGGAGUCAAGCCUGAGGAGCUGGCGAAAGAUCUUCUUCAAAAAUUGCCAAGAACACCCCCGUUUGGGUGUCCCCUUCUUGACGGCAUCCGCCUGCAGGUCUUCUUCUCACCCAAUACAUUGUCUCGACUCCUUCUCUCGUACAUCAGUGAUAGGUCUUCGUCCUAUGGUUAUGACACGUCGCUCGGUCUCGCCGAUCCUACAGCUACUGAUGGACAGAGGAAGAAGGUGAUCCUGGAGUUCUCGUCUCCGAACAUGGCGAGUGAGUUCCAAGUGUCACACUUGAGGAGCACGCUGAUCGGCACAUACAUCGCAAAUAUCCACUCUAGUAUGGGGUGGGACGUUGUCAAGAUGAACUACCUUGGCGACUGGGGAAAACAAAUCGGUCUCCUUGCUGCUGGAUGGCAGAGAUUUGGUUCUGAGGAUGAGUUUGAAAAACAGCCGCUCCGCCAUCUUCUCGAGGUCAACCAUAAGAUUCAGGAUCUGUUCAAACCAGAAGUGGAAGAAUGCAAGACCGCCAAAACGAAUAAACAAGAUGUCACAGAAAUCGAGUCACGAGGCUUAUAUGCCGAGCGCGAUGCCUUCUUCAAGAAGAUGGAGGAUAGAGACCCAGAAGCCAUCGCAUUGUGGCAGCGUUUCCGUGAUGCAACCGUCAAAGACUACACGGAAUCGUACGCACAGCUCGGAGUAACGUUUGAUGAGUACUCUGGGGAGUCACAAGUCACUGCCGAGUCAAUCGCCGAAGUCGAGCAAGUCUUGAAGGACAAAGGCAUAUACGAAGAGCACGAAGACUCGUGGAAGAUCGACUUUUCGAAACACGACGCAAAAGGGCUCUCGCUCGCAGUAUUACGAUACCGAAACGGGACGACUUCUUAUCUGUUACGCGACCUCGCUGCAGUGUUUGAUCGAUACAAGAAACACCAAUUCGACAAGAUGAUCUAUGUCGUUGCAAUGGAGCAAGAAAUGCACUUCCACCGAGUUACCAAGACUCUUGAGCUCAUGGGAAGACAAGAUCUUGCUGAGCGCAUUCAGCAUGUGUCUUUUGCCAAGAUCAAUGGACUUCCUGAAGCGUUGAAGGGCGCAGAGCUUCUGAGUGACUACCUUGAAGGAUGUCGCUCGAUGGUACAAACUAGUCUUGACGAGGAAGAGGAGGAAGCGUUUCACGUGGAUAAGUCGGAGAAGUCGGUGGAACAGCUUGGUCUUGCUGGUCUAUUCAUACAGGACCACUACCACAAGAGGAACACCUCGUAUGCAGUCGAUCCCAAGAAGUCAUUAUCCCUCGAAGGAGAGACAGGGGCGGCUAUCCAGAACUGCUACGCCAGGUUAUUGAAGAAGCUAGAGUCCGGACCGGACAGCUUCGACUAUACGACGCUUGAUCAUACUUCGUUGGAAACAGAAGACUAUGCUGAGCUUCUGCGGAUCCUAUUGCAGUAUCCAGAUGCAGCCCAUGGCUCUUUCAGAACUCUUGAACCGUCUUUUAUUGUGGUAUACUUGCUCCGAAUUGUUGAUCAACUAACAGCCACGCUUGACGAUGAUGAUGAGAAAGAUUGGACUGGUCUCGAUACAGCUAGUGAGGCGAGAUAUGCUCUAUAUGAGAACGCAAGACAGGUGUUUGAGAAUGCGCUAAGACUUCUUGGUGUAUCACCAUGGGCUCCGUAA